CCAUGAGCAAGAUAUUUCCUAUCAUGAAUAAAAUAUUUUCUCAGUGAAUCGGGGACGAAUCCUAAUUUUUUUUUUUGGGUACAAGACGAAUCCCAAUUCAAGGGGAAAGAUAUUACUGGCAGGGACUUCCACAACGACCGGGAUUCGUAUCAUAUCCAAAUCACUCCGUGAUCGGUACGGAAUGCUACGAAUUAUCUUUGUCCAUAUAUAAACCCCUUUAUUCCCUCCAAUCUCCCUAAUUUCCGAAGCCAAAGGUACCGGAGAGAGGUGGUACCGUCACCAUGAACUCUCUGACCGCAACGCGCUCCAUGGUGGAGGCAAUCGUCGGUAUGACGUGGGCCAUCGACGCCGCCCGCAACGAAAUCUCCACCUCCUCUUUCUCCGCCCUCGACGAACUCGUGAACGUCUUGAUCCGCUGUCGCGGCAAGAUCGAGGACGCCGCUGCUUCCCUCGAGGCGGCGGCGGAGGCAGCCUCCGCCAGCCGGGACGCCACCGCGAUCAGGCGUCUCCGUGUGCGGUUCCGCUGUUUGAAACUGAUGGCCACAUCGUGGCGGGGCCGCCUGGAGGAGCAGCGGUGGAGGCGAUGCAUGGCACGGUGCUGCGGAGACGAGGUUCUGUCUCUGAGGAGAUUCGCGGCGGCAGCGUGCCACGAAGCUGAGAAGCGGGUGGCCCGGCUGCGGGAGCCGUGGGUCUCGGUGGCUGGGG